AGAGCAGCGGCGGGGCCGAUGACAGCCGGCCCCCGUCACGUGGCCGGGCGCACUCCAAUGGGCGGUGCCGGGGCGACCUGAUGUUCCCGGCGGCCUGUGCGUCGGCGGUGGUUGGGUGGUAAGAUGGCGGCUGUGAGUCUGCGGCUCGGCGACUUGGUGUGGGGAAAACUGGGCCGGUAUCCUCCUUGGCCAGGAAAGAUUGUUAAUCCACCUAAGGACUUGAAGAAACCGCGUGGAAAGAAAUGCUUCUUUGUGAAAUUUUUCGGAACAGAAGAUCAUGCCUGGAUCAAAGUGGAACAGCUAAAGCCAUAUCAUGCUCACAAAGAGGAAAUGAUAAAGAUUAACAAGGGUAAACGAUUCCAGCAAGCUGUGGAUGCCGUGGAAGAGUUCCUCAGGAGAGCCAAAGGGAAAGACCAGACAUCAUCCCACAAUUCUGCUGAUGACAAGAAUCGGCGUAAUUCCAGUGAGGAGAGAAGUAGGCCAAACUCAGGUGAUGAGAAGCGCAAGCUUAGCCUGUCUGAAGGGAAGGUGAAGAAGAACGUGGGAGAAGGAAAGAAGAGGGUGUCUUCAGGCUCUUCAGAGCGAGGCUCCAAAUCCCCUCUGAAAAGAGCCCAAGAGCAGAGUCCCCGGAAGCGGGGUCGGCCCCCAAAGGAUGAGAAGGAUCUCACCAUCCCUGAGUCCAGUACCGUCAAGGGGAUGAUGGCCGGACCAAUGGCGGCAUUUAAGUGGCAGCCGACUGCCAGUGAGCCUGUUAAAGAUGCAGAUCCUCAUUUCCAUCAUUUCCUGCUGAGCCAAACAGAGAAGCCAGCUGUCUGUUACCAGGCAAUCACAAAGAAAUUGAAAAUAUGUGAAGAGGAAACUGGUUCCACCUCCAUCCAGGCAGCUGACAGCACAGCCGUGAAUGGCAGCAUCACACCCACAGACAAAAAGAUAGGAUUUCUGGGCCUUGGCCUCAUGGGAAGUGGCAUCGUCUCCAACUUGCUAAAAAUGGGUCACACGGUCACUGUCUGGAACCGCACUGCAGAGAAAUGUGAUGCGACGGAGCAUGCUGCAGUGAAGUGUGAUUUGUUCAUCCAGGAGGGGGCCCGCCUAGGAAGAACCCCCGCUGAAGUUGUUUCAACUUGUGACAUCACUUUCGCCUGUGUGUCGGAUCCCAAGGCAGCCAAGGACCUGGUGCUGGGCCCCAGUGGUGUGCUGCAAGGGAUCCGCCCUGGAAAGUGCUACGUGGACAUGUCAACGGUGGACGCUGACACGGUCACCGAGCUGGCCCAGGUGAUUGUAUCCAGGGGGGGCCGCUUUCUGGAAGCACCAGUCUCAGGGAAUCAGCAGCUGUCUAAUGACGGGAUGUUGGUGAUCUUAGCAGCUGGAGAUAGGGGCUUGUACGAGGACUGCAGCAGCUGCUUCCAGGCAAUGGGGAAGACCUCCUUCUUUCUAGGUGAAGUUGGCAACGCAGCCAAGAUGAUGCUGAUUGUGAACAUGGUCCAAGGGAGCUUCAUGGCCACCAUCGCUGAGGGGCUGACCCUGGCCCAGGUGACAGGCCAGUCCCAGCAGACACUCUUGGACAUCCUCAAUCAAGGACAGUUGGCCAGCAUCUUUCUGGACCAGAAGUGCCAAAAUAUCCUGCAAGGAAACUUUAAGCCUGAUUUCUACCUGAAAUACAUUCAGAAGGAUUUGCGCUUGGCCAUUGCGCUGGGCGAUGCCGUCAACCAUCCAACUCCCAUGGCAGCUGCAGCCAACGAGGUGUACAAAAGAGCCAAGGCAUUGGACCAGUCUGACAACGAUAUGUCUGCCGUGUACCGAGCCUACAUACACUAAGCCGUAGACACCCCACCCCCCACCUCUCCGGUCUACCCUCUGACCCCCUCUUCCUCACAUGGGGUAGGGGUCCUGGGACUUAACUCUGGACCAGCCCACCUGUCUCCAUUUCCUUUUAUACAGACUUUGAGACUUGCCAUCAGCACAGCACACAGCAGUGCCCUCCCCCUGAGGCCUAGGGAGAGGAGGGGUGUCAGCAGGAUUGGCUUGUGGGAAAGCUCUUGAGCUGGGCACUGGCCCCUGGACUAGGUGGCUGUGUGUUC